AUGCUCCGUAGCGGCCUGACGCGCGCUGCGUCUGGUGUGGCUGGAGCCCAGCCAGCUCAGCAGCUGCGAACCUUUGCUUCCGGCCACAAGAAGCGCCUGACGUGGCGUCAGAGGGCCAAGAUUGAGGAGCGCAAUCGCAACCCACCGCCGCCGCGUCAACAGCCUCGCCAGAAGACCCAGCGCCAGAACUUCCUUGUGUCGCCGCCUGUGGACGAUGGAAAGAAAUGGCGUGUGCUUAGUGCCGGUGUCUUGGAGCGUUUGCCGAUCAUCCAGCCCGAUCUGAAAGACUGGGAGGUGGAUUUUGAGAUCAUGCAACACGAGAAGGCACUACGCGAGGAUCAGAGACUAGAGGAGGAUUUCUGGUUUAUGGAACCCGGCACGAAGCAUAUUACGCCUGAGGAGGCGCCGUGGCCUAAUGCUGAGGAGGAUCCGGAGGAGAUCGUGGGCGCUGGCUUCCACCUGGCCCCGCGUGAGACCGAGGAUGACGCUAACGACAACCGCAAGUCACUUAACCGCGCUCUAAAGGGGCGCGUAUUCUUGCUGGUUAAGAACGACCAGAAGGACGCCAAGUACCCAUGGUUCUUCCCUGUGGGCGAGAAGCAGGGCGCCGAGAAGAUGCGCGAUGCUGCGCUCCGACAUGUGAGCGAGACAGUUGGUGACGAGGUCGAGGCGAACCCGGUAAGCUUCGCGCCCAUAGGCUACGUGCAGUAUCUGCACGAAAACGACUCGGAGUUUGACGGCACCAAGGUUUUCUUUUACAAGUCGCAGCACUUGGACGGAGAUGUGGCACUGAACCAGGACAGGGCUAGCGACUACCUCUGGGUGACCCGGGACGAGCUGUCCGAGUAUCUCGAGCCGGAAAUCGCCGACUACAUCCACAAGAUGGUGCCGCCGUAAGGCACAUUUCUGUCGUAGCUAGCUCACACUCUGCUCUGGUCC